ACGGAGCCGGGGGGGGGGGCGAGCCGGGGGGGGGGGGCAAGGGAGACAGCAGCUGCCAGCCCAGCCCAGCCGAGGGGCGCUGCGAGAGGCGGCCGCGCCCAGGAGCCCCCCAGCUGCGGCCGCCAUUUUGGAUUCUACGAAACCCUGAGGAGGAAGAGGGAUGAACUGAAGGCCGGACGCUCGCCGCUUCCUUGCUGCCAUGGCGGCAGGGAUGUCCCUCCCCAUGGCCGAGUGGCUGAGGGCCCUCCACCUGGACCAGUACGUCGAGAACUUUGAGCGGAGCGACCUCUGGUGCGUGCUGGAUUGCCAGCACCUGACUGACGAGGCCUUGACCCACCUCGGGAUCCUUCUGCCGGGACACCGCAAGCGGAUCCUCGCCGGGCUUCUGAAGGCCUUCACGGAAUCCCUGCCCGCCGUGGAGUGCCCCGAGCUGCCGCCGAGGAGGCCGGUGCCCAUGAAGCGCAGCAUCUUCCGCGGCAACGUGGCCGGCGCAGAGUCUCCAACCGGGAACGACUCGGGGACAUCGGCUGGCGAGAAACCAGCGUCUCGGCAAGAGCCGGAGACCCUCAACCCCACCCUGCCGCCGAUCCCUCCGAGGGUUGGGUGCCGGCCCCCUGUGAAAUUUUCCUCUCCUGCUCUCCCGGAACUCUCCUCGACCUCGUUGCAUGAACCGCCUUUGCUGCUGGAUUUGUCUUCUCCUUCGCUGUCCCCUAAGUUGUCCGGAGGCCGACGCGGCCCUGAUACGGCGCUUCCGGAAGAGGCAAGGAUGCAUCCACUGCCCCCCCUCCCUGCCAAGCAGUUGAAAAGCAAGCUGUCCUCCCUGAAGGCCCCCCCGGUCCCGGUACGUCCUCCUACUCUGCCGCCGCGGGCCGCUGUACCCCCAAAAUCAACCCCCAGUUUCGAACGUGCUCAGCUGCAUCCUAGACCUGGAUUUUGGGGAGAUGAGGGAGGGGAAGAGCGACAGGAAGUUACGGGCCGCAGGGUCCGUGUGGACGUUUUCCUGGAGGGUCCUCGGGGGAGCGAAUAA